GCGAGGGGUGUCCCCGCAUGGCCCCCCCACCCCCAUCAUCCCCGGACCCCCAUCUCUCCAGCCCCGGCACCUCCACGGGGCUCCCGGCCGAGGGCAGCAGAGGGGGGAGUGGUUCCGGGCUCCGCCGCGACACCCCCGGCCCCCCCCCCUCCGGCGCCAGCCGCCCCACUCCGAAGAGCAGUAGCACCAUGCCCACUGCUGGGCAUGGAACAAAGAGGAUGCUCUCCCGGGGCCCCGCGCUGCUCCUGGCGCCGCUGCUGCUCCUGUGCCAAGUGGUGGAGAGCCGAGGAGGGAUCAUGGACAGCAUACAGAGAUUCUCAAACCUGCCAACGUAUCUCCCCACGAGCUAUCACAUCUGCAAUGCCGAUGUUUUCUUCUUCCUUAAAGAAGUCAACCAGGAUAUCAUGAGGAACUCCAGUUUGCAGUCUAGGGUGGAUUCAUUCUUUAUAUACAAAUCCAAACUACCACCCAUUCUAAACGCCACGUAUGGACCUUUUUCUGCAGAACAGGCUGUUCCCUUGGACUUCAUGCUGUCUUCUGCAUCUUUUGGUUUCACAAAUAAAUUCACUUUUAAUUGGAAAUUAAAAUCGCACAUAAUUGACAACUCGAUCUAUUCCAACAAACCUAAAAUACAAACCUUGUUUUAUAUUGCGGGGAAGGACUGGGAUGACAAUAGUUCUGCGGAGAGUUUGCCUUGCGUGAAGAUGUUUGCCUUCCUGGAAUCUAGAGAAGCUGUGGCCAGCUGUAGAUUGACAGGUCAUCUUGGAUUAUGUGUUGCAGAGCUGGAAUUAUCUCCUAGCUGGUUCAGCUCCCCUGCACCCCUGGUUUCAGAGGAAACUGCCUCCCUGGAAGGGAUUACUGUGGAGCUCUUCUAUAAGAUUUAUACAGCAGAUGGGGAAUGUUCUCCAGAGGAUGCAAAAUGGGAAAACAAUAUCCAUGCAGGUCAAGAUAAUGAACAGAAGGCUUUGCCAGCUAUGGAGAGGAUUGGUAGCAUCAUUGUUUACCCAAAUCACGACAAAUUAAAACAGUCUUCACUGAGGCUAGAUGAGAAUGUCGUCAUCUGUUUGCCACUCAGCCCUGUCAGAGAAGGUGAUGUUGUGACCUUUCAUGUUUCCUUGGCCGAUGACUCUCUAGCAGACCAGUUUGUAUUAAGAAUUAGGACAGCCCCAGGCGUGAAGAUCAUGGACAUCAGAGUCAGUGAUGCAGACCAGUGGGGGGUUCAAGAAGAGACGGAUAGUGCAAGGACCACUGCCACAAUCACCUGUGUGCACAACGACCCAGACCCAGAAAGCAGAGCAAACAUCUCCUCCUAUGAGAUCCUGCAGAUGGACUUUGAGAUUGACAAUGCUAGCAGCCUGGCAGGAGCCCAGCAAAUUACCUGGCAGGUGGAGUACCCUCGAGAUGACUCCCUGAGUGAACUGGUGGUCUCUGAGAUCUUUGUCAGCCGAACAAUGUUUGCUGGAAUUGUUCCCCUUGCGAUGGACACGGAAGUCCUUAACACAGCCAUCCUGACGGGCAAAACAGUGUCCGUUCCAGUCAAGGUCGUUGCUGUGCAGGAGGAUGGGUCGGUGGUUGAUGUUUCGGAGUCCACUGAGUGCAAAUCAGCUGAUGAAGAUGUCAUAAAGGUUUCUGACAGAUGUGACUCCAUUUUCGUUAAUGGCAAGGAAAUGAAAAGCAAAGUGGAUACUAUUGUUAACUUCACUUACCAGCAUUUUACCACCCAAUUAGAAGUGACGGUCUGGGUUCCACGCCUCCCGCUGCAGAUAGAAAUAUCUGAUACAGAGCUUAGCCAGAUCAAAGGCUGGAGGAUACCUGUCACCUCCAAUAAAAGGCCUACUCGUGACAGUGAGGACGAAGAGGAUGAUGAGAAAAAAGGAAGAGGUUGCACCCUUCAGUAUCAGCAUGCCAUGGUGCGAGUCCUCACCCAGUUUGUAGCUGAAUCUUCUGAUCUUGGAGGCCACUUGACCUACAUGCUAGGCUCUGAGUGGCAGUUUGACAUCACUGACCUUGUGACUGAUUUCAUGAAGGUAGAAGAACCCAAGAUUGCUAAGCUUCAGGAUGGCCGAGUGCUGGUUGGUCGGGAGCAUGGCAUCACCACAGUUCAGGUUCUGUCACCUCUUUCUGAUUCCAUCUUGGCGGAGAAGACAGUGGUAGUUCUAGAUGACCGUGUAACUAUUACAGAUCUAGGAGUACAACUAGUUUCAGGCUUGUCUCUUUCCUUACAAAUCAGCAAAGGAAAUAAAAGAGCUAUUGUUUCUACCACUUCUGCGUAUGAUAUUCUUCAUACUCCAAAACAGGAAGCCAUAGUCAGUGCUUGGAUUUUGUUCAGUGAUGGGUCAGUGACACCAUUAGAUAUUUAUGACUCCAAGGAUUUCUCGAUCACCAUCACUUCACUGGAUGAGAUGGUAGUGUCUACGCACCAAAACCUUCAGUCAAAAUGGCCUGGGGUAGUGGCAGAAGGGGAUGGGCAAGGACCUCUGAUUAAAAUUGAAAUGGUCAUCAGUGAACCAUGUCAGAAGACUAAGCGAAAGAGCAUUCUGGCUGUUGGGAAAGGUAGCAUCAAAGUGAAGUUUGGUCAAAAAGAUGCUGACCAAAAAGGAAGCAGUAAUGACAUUGAUGAGACAGAUAGAGAUUUUAAAAGCCAUGCAAGCAAUUCUAUAGAAAAACCUGCAGAAGAAGAUAGGAUAGCACAGGAAUGGUCCAAAAAUGGAGCCCUUGGUAAUCACGAGGACAAUGCAAACAAAAGCACAACUUUCAUAUCUCCCAUUGAUCAGGAGUCCCUUGAUGAUGACCAGCUCCAAAAUAACCCAACUGCCUUUACAGGUUUCCCUGCACAAGUAGAAAUACCAGGAGAAAACAAUCCCAGUGAUCUCACAUUGACUUCAAGGGGAUUAACAGAUUUGGAAAUUGGCAUGUACGCCCUGCUGUGUGUUUUCUGCUUAGCUAUCUUGGUCUUUUUGAUUAACUGUGUGGCAUUUGCUUGGAAAUACAGGCAUAAAAGGUUUGCUGUGAGUGAGCAAGGCAACAUCCCCCAUUCCCAUGAUUGGGUCUGGCUUGGAAACGAGGUUGAACUCCUGGAGAACCCAGUUGACAUUUCACUCCAAUCGGAGGAGUGCACUACCAUGAUUGAUAGAGGAAUGCAGUUUGAAGAAAGCAACUUUCUCCUUAAUGGGAGUUCUCAGAAGACUCUUCAUAAUCAUAUUCUCAGAUCUUCUGAGUACAUUUGUGAAAAAGAAGUUAAAAGUGAACCUAUAAACCCUUCUGGGCCAAAGCAGAAGCGAGUGAAGUUCACUUCCUAUACAACAAUACUGCCAGAGGAUGGAGGCCCCUACACCAAUUCAAUUCUAUUUGACAGUGAUGAUAAUAUUAAAUGGGUAUGCCAAGAUAUGAACCUUGGUGAUUCCAAGGAACUUAGGGACUAUAUGGAAAGACUGCAAGACAAUAUGUAAAACUACUUUCUUAUGUUUGUAAUCACCUUUAUGCCUUCUGUUUAUGGAUGGUGGAGCAGUCAGUCCAGUCAGCAAUAGGAGCAAGACAGCCCAACCUUGGAGUUACUGAGAUGAUAAGCUGAUAUCACUGAGCAGGUACAAGAGGCUGGCUGAGUUAAAGCUGUUUCACCACAAACCAGGAUGUGCCCCUAAAACAGCUACCUGUAGGUGUUGGAGGUGUCACACACGAUGGCUGUUUUUGAAUACUGCCUGGUACUAGCAAAAUGCUAAUACAACUACGCUCAGACUCAGAGGAGACUUCAUUUGUUUGUCAUCUCUCAUGAUAAAUGGUUAAUCAGAAAAGAAAGGGAUCUUUGUUUGCAUUGAUUUUUCUAAUCGUCGUCCUUUGUAAAGCACAGUGGACAUAUCUUGCUUACAACCUGAAACAAGGCGUACAUUAAAAGGGAUUUGAAUGAACCUAAUUUUAUUGCCUAUGUGCAAUGCAGCCAAGUAGUCUUACUAUUUUUUACACAUAUAAAAAAAACAAACAAACAUGUGGUUAAUUUGUUUUCUUAUUGUUUAUGAAUUUUAUUUGACUUAGGGAACAUUAUUUUCUUGGGAGGAUUUUUUUGUUUGGUUGUACCAAAGUGUAGUACAGUAAUAUUUAUAAUGAUUUAAGUUUUCUAUUCAUCUGCAUCAGCCCCUAGAGAUAACUCCUUCAACACUGAUUAUCUUUCUCCUUUCCAUAUGGGUAUAUGGGUCGUUAGUAUUUGAAACAUAGAAAGGUAUUAGAACUCUUACCGGGAAAGGGUUGUAUCUUCUUACAGGGAACUGUAAAUACAAUAAUAAACCCUGGAAUAUAAAAAUCAAGGAGUAGCCCUGGGUUUACUUUUGUUAUUGCUAACAUGAAAAGGUAACCUCCAACCAAACAACACACAAUCCAAUGGAAAACACUUUUCUGAAACAGCAGCUUGGUUGACAAAACACAUUAUCAGAAUGAGAAAGCCACAUAUGGUAUUGAGAUGCAUAGAAUAUGAAGGAAAUUUCCUAGCAAAUAAAGAAAGGCUUGGAGUCAGUUUACUCUUUACUAAUACAUUAAUACAUUGAUGAUUUAGCAGGACGUAGAAGUCCAUGUACAACAAAUAAUGCCCCAGACCUUGUCUAAAACAUCACUGAUCUUAUGGCUGCUAAAGAGAAAACAUUUAUACUGUGUUUCAUUUAAAAAGGGAGCAGGAAAGAAAAGGCAUACUGGGCACAUUAUAAAGUGGCUAUUUGCAGUUUUAUCAAGGAAUACAUGUUGCAGAUUCAAAGUUGCUCUCGCACAUGCAUUACGUGCAUUUUUAUAUUGAAGAAUAACUGAAAUAUGCUGAAAACAAUAGGAAAAAAAUGAAACUACAUAAUGAUUAAAAAACCCACAAGAGUAAAGCACAUGUUCUUAUGAUGGAUCUUGUGCAAUAUACACAAGGUCCAAACUACAAUUGCCUUAUGUGUCAUAAUUCCCAUCUUUCCGGUAGACUGAGAUUGGAUUUGAAUUUUCUAAUUCAGCUCUGAUAUUGGAACAGAGCAGACAACUUUCAUUCAAGGAAAUUCUGCGUUUGGUUCCUAAGCCAUAGCUCAGAACAUGUUUAGUGUAACUACUAUAAAAUACUAGAAUUCUGAUAGUGAGACUACAAAGGAGAAUGAGGACACCAGGUUUAUAUAAGAUAUUAAAGACUUGCUGGCAUUGAACUGCAUAGUGUGGUGAUGGCAUCUGUUAUAAUCCAAUUUUAAGCAGAUAAAAUAACAGACCACAGAAAUGUUUCAAUUUGAUAAGGGAUGUGGUACUUGUGCAUCAGUUAAAAUCUUUGGAUCUUCAACAAAUGUUCUUUCCUCUUUUAAUGAUCCAGAUCUAAUAAGGAACUAUUCUUACUAUGAUCCUCAUGAUUAACAUCAGACAAAAAAAGAAGUCCCUGUUUAAAUUUAGUAUCUCUUCUCAAAAUGUUAUUUUGUAUUAGACCCAGCCAUAAACCAAGAGUAUCAUUUGCACAAAUGUAAAUGAGUAUAAAGCAAUCACAGGAAAACCUCAUCUAGGAAUCAGACACAACAACUCGGUGACAGUAGCUGCAGAGGGUGAGCAGGAUUGCUGUUCUCAUGAAUGCACUCCCACCAGCUUACCAGUGCCACUACAACCUCACAGCAGUGUGCUGGGCUCUGUAACCCACCUCUUCACUGUGGCCCCAGUUCUGCUAAUUACACCAGCAGGUGCUGAACUCCACCCCCAGUCAGUCUGCCACACAGAAUGAAGCGACUUAGAGUUGUGCUCCUCUGCUGUUCUGAUCAUUACUAGGUAACACUAGGUAACAAUAGACUUUUACAGGCUUUACUGGCCUGGUCAGGAAGUGGCUCUUCAAGGGCCAUAGCUCCAGAGUAGAUGUAUCACUGAGUUAGCGUGCUUUGCUACUGUCACACUGCCAUCUCCUUGAGCUUGUAUCUGGGGCCUGGUCCCUGGUUGUCCAUAGCACCUGUGAGUGGUUGUACCCUCACUCUGCAUGCUAUUGCGUGGCAAGGGACCGUCCUACAUGCAAUGUGGACAUGGCUAGAAGCCAUUAAAGGAGACCUGAGGCUUUUUUAUCAUUUACCACAUGGCUUGCAAACAUUUCAGAUGUUGCUACAGAAGACAGAUACAGGGAUCCAGAACUCUUAAGUGUUGGGGAGGAAAUGCUUCCGUUCUGGUGUUUGAACUGAGAGAAUAAAUAAAAUACACUUUGGAGUAGAAACAAAAGUGUAAACAAGCUCUGUUCUAUUUACCACCAGAUGGUAAAGGUCUAGGUAAGCAUCUGUCAGCAUGGUCUUGAAGUUCUCUGGUUAAGUGGCUCAGUGGCUGAACAUACAGUGGCUGGCUUAUGUACAGUCAGGACUUUCACACUCACAGGCAUUACACACGUUAUCAAUCCCAAAGUUAAAUUAUAGAUACAGCUGAUUAGAAAUGUGAUAGCCACUACUGGUGUUCAGUUAAAGAGAGGCAUUGGAUGUAGCCCACCACAAAAAUGACCCCCCUCUCCACAUUUGGCAAUGGUGAAAAAGAAUUUAUAAAACUGCAGUCAUAUAACUUUUCUUUUUUCUAUUUUCUUUUUUCUUUUUCCUUCUUUUUCCUUUUUUUUUUUUUUUUUUUACAUCACCUGUUUUUAUAUGAAACUUCUUAAAUGAGAAACAGCAAUACAUACAACAAAGAACAGAAAUGGGAAUAGAGAAUUCUAGUCUCAGUAGCAUGGGGACAACACCAUUAAAAUAAGUGGAAUUGUUCUGGAUUUAUGCUCCUCUAAGAGUUUAUGCUACUUCUCACAAAAUCAGAAAGAAAAUAAUUCAGGUGAAUGUAAUAGAUGCAAAAUAUAGUUCUGAGUUAACGUACAGUUGUUUUUAUCAAAUUUUAGUUUCAAAACAACUUACUUUGAAUGUAAAUUAAAUUAAAAAUAAUUCAAACCAGAAAUGAAACAAUUUUCAGAUGCAAAUUUUUUUUCAGUGAAUCAGCCCCUUCCCCUCCCCCCCCCCCCCCUUUUUUUUCUUGAAAAGAAAGCUUUUUAUUCAUGGAAUAUAUAAUAUUUUGCUUUUCUAAGAAAUGAACAGCAUUUGUACAUUGAUAAAAGUAUCUCUAGUUUUGAAACUACUGAGCAAAGGAAGCCAAGUGAUUAACAGGCACAAUAUGUAUGUUUGCAAGCAACUAGAAUUGUCAACAAAAAAACAGAAGCUAUACUGACAGAUUAAUUAGAAUUAUGCUUCAGUAGGUGCCCAGGGAGGCAACACCUGUAAUUUGAUGCUGAAUAAACAAAGCAUCUUAUUUAUGGCAUGUACAGAAAAGGCACUGUAGGUAAGUUUCUUCGCCUGCUAUCUAGGAAAGAUAACAUGCAGUUAUGUAGUAUCAAUACACAUAUAAGGAAAUAGCCAGGAAAAAUACUGAAAGCAAGGCGUGGAUCAAUGAAAUAUAAGGAGUUUGUGAACUAUAAAAACAAAGAUGAUGCUGGACCCUCAGCUUUUGUAAGUCAGAGCUGAGCGACUGAUGCCAGCUCAAGAGCUGGCACACACAGAAUACAGAAGCAAGAACUAGCAGUUAUCAUCUGCUCAGACCAUUUUACUUCAUUUGGACAUCACACAGCCUAGCUCCAUGUGGUUUGUCUGUGCAUUCUUUCUCAUUUAGGUAAGAAUUUAGGAAUCCAGUGCCCUGCUCUCCUCUUGAUGUACAACCACAUAGAUUAAUGUUUUGAGCUGCUGUUUCUUAAUUCAGAUUGGGGAAUGUAUAAGAAAAUCUUACAGCCAUACAAUACACAACAAACAGUCCAUGAUAUAAUGGAAAACAACUAUAUUUCAAGGUAGAGUACCCUAUGAAUGAAAUAUAAAUUUUUCAUAGAGGAUAUGCUCUUUUCUGAAAUAUAAAUCAUGUGCACUACAUUGAAAUACACUAUAGUGUAUUGUUAAAUGCAUACAUUAAUUGCUGAAUCUAUAACACUGAAUAUGUAUAUACACCACACCCAAGAUAUUUAUACAGUAUAAGUCUUAGAUGUAUAACAUAAUGAAUUCUGUACAAAAUAAACUGUAAGUUAAGACAAUGAAAGAGAACUUUUAUAUCUGUGUAAUUUGUAUGCUGUUAUUCAAACCUCAUUUUUCAUCUUUAAAUGUGCCCUUAAAAAAAAAAAAGCACACUGAUUUUCUAUAGGCAGAUGCCUGAAAUAAAGACUUUACUCGUCAAAAAAGAAGCAACUGAAAGACUGUGAAAAAGACACAUAAUCUGCUAGACAAAUAAACAUUCUGUUGAUGUGAUUUUUAAAA